CUCGGGACACGCCUUCCGGGAGCGGAACAAAACGGCGCGCAGGCAGGGCGCACCCAGCCACCGCUUCCGACAGCGCCUGUCCCUCGCGCCUCCGCCCAGCAGCUGCCAGAAUGCCGAACUGGGGAGGAGGCAAGAAAUGUGGGGUGUGCCAGAAGACGGUUUACUUUGCUGAAGAGGUCCAGUGCGAGGGCAACAGCUUCCAUAAAUCCUGCUUCCUGUGCAUGGUCUGCAAGAAGAAUCUGGACAGCACCACUGUGGCUGUGCAUGGAGAGGAGAUCUAUUGCAAGUCCUGCUAUGGCAAGAAGUAUGGGCCAAAAGGCUAUGGCUAUGGGCAGGGUGCAGGCACACUGAGCACUGACAAGGGGGAGUCCCUGGGCAUCAAGCAUGAGGAAGCCCCUGGCCACAGGCCCACCACUAACCCCAAUGCAUCCAAGUUUGCCCAGAAGAUUGGAGGCUCUGAGCGCUGUCCUCGAUGUAGCCAGGCAGUCUACGCUGCGGAGAAGGUGAUUGGGGCUGGGAAGUCUUGGCAUAAAUCCUGCUUCCGAUGCGCCAAGUGUGGCAAAGGCCUCGAGUCAACCACUCUGGCAGACAAGGAUGGCGAGAUUUACUGCAAAGGAUGCUAUGCUAAAAACUUCGGGCCCAAGGGCUUUGGCUUUGGACAAGGAGCUGGAGCCUUGGUCCACUCUGAGUGAGGCCACCCACCACUGCCUGCUGCACCUGCUCGCUCCUGUGCUUUCCAGUGCCAUUACCUUCCCAGCCGCCAUGGAGACCACCAGGAUUCUCUCACUCAGCCCGCCACACAUCACUAAUGACUUGAACUUAGGCAUCUGGUUCCCUUUGGUUUGGGGUUUGCCUGAGCUCCUGUCCCACUAAGGAGCUCCCCUUGCCUGGCAUCUGACACUAUCACCAGUUGGAGAUGCCUGUCUCUGUAGUCUUACGUGGGACCAGGCCCUCUCCCCACACCUCGCCCUGCAGACCCUUACCUCUUCCAUGUCAACUGGUCAGGACUCCUGAGCCACCAUAUCGAAGCCCAGAGGGACAGACAGCAGUGACAGGCCAGGGCAGGUGGUGGGACACAGGGCCAAGACAGGAUAAGGGGAAGCUGAGGUUUACUGGAUCCCAGAGAUGCUCCUCUGUGGGAAAGGGGGUGGGCUUCUUGGUGCCCCUCAGAAGAAGCCUGAGGAGUUCCGGCUCAGAAGUCACACAAUCAUGGGCUGCAGAAAGAAGCCACUUGCUGUCUAGGCCUCUUGCCUUUGAGUCACUGUGGAACUGGUGUCCUCCCAUUUGAGACUGGAGAACAACCUAGGUGUGGGGACCCAAGAGUCAGGAGGUUGCGGGACCGCCUCAGCAUCCAGUUCCCUGUUUGGUGGGUAGAGAUCAUGAUGAAACACUUCUAACCGACAUUUGCAAUUAUCAGUGGUCUAAAGUCUAAGCUAAGGUGUUCAGCCCUGGCCUUAACCUUGGCUCUGAAGCUGCAGGGACAGCUCCUCCCUAUCCCUGUUUCAGCACAGCCCUGAUCAGCACUGUGCUCUAGCCAUGCCUGAUUGAUUAUUCCUCAGAUGUGGAGGGAGGCAGACUCAUCCUUCACCUUCUAAUACUCUUUGCCUCCCCCAGUUGUGGGGACCAGCCCCUUCCACCCACCCUUCUCUGAGGGCCUUCUCCAGCCACAAGGCCCUCCUUCCUUAUUGGAUCCCGGUCAGGAGCAGCGGGAGGAAGGAGGGCCUGGUCUCUAUUCUCCCAGUGGCUGAAAGGACAACACUGUCUGUAGCUGUCAACUGCAAGGGCCACAGGCUCAGGCUGUACUCAAGCUGAUUUCUCAUCUGGUCAAUAAAGCUGUUUAGAACUCAA